CCUACAACCAUAUUAAUUACAGUGCACAUCCACCCAGCAACCGACAUUUUACUGGUCAAUGCGCUUUACUUCAAGAGUGUAUGGCGGCAUUCGUUCAACCCGCGUGCGACCCGUGGUGGUUGUUUCUACAAUCACGGCGCCUGCCGCACCGUCGCGAUGAUGGAAUUAUACGCAGAGCUUAACUACGCCUAUGUUGACAACUUAAGGGCACAUGCUGUUGAGCUUCCUUAUGACGAUGGGCGCUAUUCAAUGCUUAUCGUUGUGCCUCAAGAUCGCGAAGGGUUGUCCACGUUGAUCCGAGACCUUCCGUACGUGAGCAUUCCACAAAUUGUGGAGCAUUUAGAGACCAACGACGUCACGCUGAUCAUGCCGAGAUUCAAUGUCGAGUACAGCGAUGAUUUAGUCACAUCCCUUAGGAAUAUGCGCAUCACGUCGUUGUUUUCGUCAAGAGCGAAUCUUACCAGCUUUUUUGACGGUGACGCUCCUGUGAUCAACAAUAUCUAUCAUAAGGUACACCUGACAGUGGACGAGGCCGGUACAGUUGCGGCGGCAGCUACAGGCGCUUUGGUGAUACCAUUAAUUCAGAGCGGUGUACAGCUCCGUGUGGAUCGUCCUUUCAUUUUUUUCAUCAGGGAUAACCAGCACGGCUUCGUGUUGUUUGAAGGAAAGAUUGAAGAACCCACUGCUUAUGUCGACAAGAAUGGGCUGAGUGGUCCAGGGGCAAAGAAGAACUCAAGAAUUAUUUCUAACAAAAGCUUCUAAAACAAAAAUGUUGUCUCAAUCAGUCUUUGAAAUCGUAUCAUUGUGAUAUAAGUAGUUACAGUUGGUUUUAUUCUAUUAUACCUAUAUACAUACACACACACACACACACACACACACACACACACACACACACACACAUAU